CACAGAUUUCUCCAUGGCUUUAACCUGUAUCCAGCUUUGUCAGAGAUGCACCAGUUUACUGAGGUCAAGGAGUGUGGGUAUCAUCACCCUUCAGUAUUCCACAGAUGCCCAGCAUUGGCCUGCAGCCCUACGGAAUUCUUUCAUUGUUCCAGUCUUGCCCUCCGUGCUCCAGAGAAGUCAGAGCCCAUGUCAGACGCGACAGAGGUGGAAUCUAGGAGUGCGGAGUUACUGUGAAUCUCAUGCUAAGGUCCAACCGAAACACAGGAAUACUGAUGAGUUACCUGGGACUGAUAUGGUGCCAUAUCAGAAUCCUCUCUCUCAUCAACUCAGAGAUGGAGGGAUGCAUCUGAAGGAGUGGGAGACAGCUUUAGGUACUAAUGCCACCCCUGUACACACACACACACACACACAAACACAGUGGUCAUGUCUACCUAAUAUUUUUGUCCUCUCCAGAUUUGGAUGAUGCCCCAGGCCACUCUGCAUUAGAGGAGAUCAGUCAUGAGGAGGCAGUUCGUAUGGACAUCCCAGCUGCCCUGCCUCCUGUCUCCAUCUCCCUCAAAGACUAUGUCAACGGGUCAGAGACACUCAGCAAGCUUGUACAGCUAGGUAGGUUGGGUCCAUUUAGGGUUUGUAUCUGAUGAACCAUUACUUCCCCAUUGUCUAGUGUACCAGAGCAAUAGAUGUCAUGUAUAUCUAUGUCUCUGGAUCAUAUUCACUAGGCACCAAACUGAAGCAAAUGGACUGAAAUGGGGAGGGAUUACCUGAACUUGCCCAAAAAGAAACACUUGUUUUCGAUUUCCACUGCAGAGCAUUUUGAUACAAUGUGCACUAAUGAAUGUGACUCUGGUGUUAACCCUUCGGUUCCCUCUUCAGGUGUUCAGCUAUGGAAACUGGAGCAGAGGCCGAACGUGGGCUCCAUGUUGCUGAGGCUAGACUUCCAGACAGACGUGACCCCACGGCUGGUCUUCCUGAAGCAGCUUGGAGUGGAGGACUCUCGCCUGGGCCAUCUGAUCAGCCACAACCCCUUCAUCCUCACAGAGAGCCUGGAGAACCUGCAGGCCAGGUACAAGAGUUGAGGGGAUGGUUUUCGUAUUGGCAGGUUGCGUUUGCUACAGUCAGCAACACAUAGGGUUGACUAUCUUAGGGACAGAGAGUACACUUGGUGUUUCCAACUGAUAUACCUAUAGCUGCAGACAAGUUUGAUCUCUUGUCUGUCAGCUUCAGUUCUUAUAGGACUAUGACAGGUGAUACAAAUAAUAUGUAGUAUUAAAAUGAGAUAAUAAUCUCUCUUUUUCACAUUAGGGUGGCUUAUCUUAGGUCCAAGAAGUUCAGCGCCGAGUCUGUGGCCUCCAUGGUGUCCAGAGCUCCGUACCUGUUGAACUUCAGUGUGAAGAGGAUGGACAACCGCCUUGGAUUCUACCAACAGCAGUUAGGCCUUAGUGCUCAGAAGGUCAGGUCUGAAUUCAGUAAACAAGUCAAUGAAAAAGUCGUGUAAGGAUUGACCCAAGACAACAGCAAUUGGUCACAUUGUUAUGUCCCACUAAAUGUGUCAUAGAACAUUAUUCACACCCCAAAUUACAUACAGUAAGAUAAUGCAAAAUAUUAUUUUACCCAUACAUGCGUAUCUUUCAGACACGGGAUGUUGUGGCUCGCCUUCCCAGACUUUUGUGUGGGAGUUUGGAGCCAGUUAAGGAGAAUCUUAAGGUAUGAAAACAAACAAACACUAUCAAACCUUAACUGUGAUAUGUCUUAAUUCUUGGAGAGAAAAAUAGGUUAAAUUCUCAGAAUCCAUCUUUUUCAUCCUAGAUAUGCAAACUGGAGAUGGGGUUUCGUGAAAAUGAGCUCCAGCACAUUGUCACUGUAAUCCCCAAAGUUCUUACAGCUAACAAGAGGAAACUGACCCAGAUAUUUGACUACAUCCACAACACCAUGAACAUACCCCAUGACCUGAUUGUAAAGUUCCCACAGGUAAGCUAUAAACUACCAGUCCUGAAUCAUCCAUCUUUGGAUAGUGGAUACUCGCAGAUAAUGCGUUAUCUGGAUAUGUUAGUGUUUACCUAGCCCAAUAAUUUACUCCUUAUAGUUCAUGUUCUGUUUAAAGGCGAAUUGGCUCUGGAAGCCAAAACAGCCAAAUACUCCAUCUAAACAUGAAUCGAUUCUCAAUUGCGGUACAGUUCUAGAAACAUAAAGCCCUCUACUUUCAUAUCACAUCAAAAUAAUGUAACUUACUGUACACUGUUUUAACACAGUUGCAUCCAACAGUAUUUUUCAGUGACAACACGUUUGUGGCGUCCGUCUUCCAUUUACACACAGGUGUUUGGAGACGCAGAUAGCCAAUUAGCACAGCUAGUCCACUCUGUCUUCUGUAAACAAGCGCUGUAACAUGGAAAUAUGGCUGUGUGGGAACACUAACCUUUAUAAUGGUGUGUAGUAAUUAACCUUAGUUUUUUUAUUUUUAUUAUUUCUCACUGAUAUGAAAGAUACGUUCCUUAUGUUUCCAAAACCAUACCUACAAGUGAUGCAUGUUCACGUUUAGAGAAACGUCCGGACUAUUAACAAAACUCCAAAAAUGGGGUGGGGUAGUAUUUACCAAGUGAUGGAUCAGGAACCACUUAUGGGUCACGGUGGGUAACCCCUGCUGGGUCAUAGCCAAAGACAUUUGGUUUUGUUGAGCUGAUGGGACAUAGUACAUUACCAAUGAAUUGUCUUUAGACAUGUCACAGAUUCAGUUCGACUUGCUAUCACCUAUUGUCUGACAGGUUAUCUGUCCUCUCUACAGGUCCUGAAUGCAAAGUACCUUCGUAUCAAAGAAAGACACCUGUUCCUGCAAUACCUGGAUAAGGCUCAGUACGACCCUGCAAAGCCUAACUACAUCUCUCUGGACAAGCUAGUCUCCCUGCCAGAUGAGGCCUUCUGCACUGAAGUGGCAUCAGCCACACUAAAGGACUUUGAACUGUUUCAGAAGACAAUGUAAUUGUUAAAACACUACAGUUGUUGUAUAUGUGUGUUAUUAUCUGAAUAAAGAUGUUGAAG